AAAAGCACUGUGGCCACCAAGGCAAAUGUGAAAUAGGCCUUUACUGCUAUCCAGGAAUAAACCUGCCGUCGUGGAUCUUAGGGUAUAUUUUGUAUUCCUAGCAUUUAUAAUGGAAUGGACAAUCACAGGAUGACAAGCAUAUUUUUUCCUGCUGAUGAAUACAGCAGCAGUUGUGCUUCCUGGGGGCAUGGCCUACGUCGGCAUUUUCCUGUUGUUCACACCUCAUGUAAAAUACACAGUGGCACCAGAGGAGGUACCACAGUGGAGUAUAAGGAUUUCAGAGAAGUGAGCAAGCACGUGCAAACCUCCCACAAGCACUGAGGAACUUUCUCACCAGUCAGGAAAAGCUUUUGCCUCAGUUCAGCAGGUUGUUCUGAGAUGUUGUGCAGGCCCCAUCCAUGGAGGUGUUCAGAACCUAACUAGACAAAGACCUGAACAACCUGUUCUGGUGUCACAGCUGGCUCUGCCUGAGCAGGAGGUCAAACUCGGCAUACUGAGGUCCCUUGCUGCCUGAUUCGUCCUCUGUAUCCCGGUGAACUUAGUAACAGUUUUCUUUUGCUGUGUGAGGGGGAUCUGCUGGGGCUCGUUGGUUCUUGCAGCUGUCAUUGCGGCUGUGUGAUGCAGGGCAGGUUUAAGUGCCCUGGCACGGGUGGCUGUAGGAGCAUGCGGGAUGCUGCCGUUCCCACGUCUCCCUUCAGGACCUUGGCGUUACUGCAGUGACAAACCGUGUGCACGGAGAGGAAGUAUAAUAAAUAAAUUGUACCUGCGGUACAGAACCCAACAGCAGAGCAAAUGUGAGGAUUUUUGGGGACAGUUCAUCCUUCAGUCGCCGCUUCCUCACUUUGCUUUUCGGGGCGGUAGCGAGUUCCAGCACUUGUGGUUAUCCGGGAGCGCCGCUGAGGGGCAGGGAACGGGAGCGCAGGGACUUGCAGCUCCUCCGCCUGCCUUGUAGGAAAGACAGCCCAGUGUGUGCUUAGAUUCUCUUACGCUGUGCUCUUUGCACUCAUAGGAAAGUAUUUUCAGUGUGCAGACUUCUGGUGCUUUUUAAAAUACGUUUAUACAUGUUAUAUGUGGGUAAAUGGAAAGGUUAUAUCUCAGUUUCUAGUCAAUACCAGAAGGUUUAAAAAUUUGAUGCUGUUGGUGUCAGUGAUACCUUUUGUCAUCACUGACUUGCUUGGCCAGAAAUAAUAUUGAACGUUUUCAUCUAGCUUUAAUCUUUUCCCUUGCUGUGAAAGACUAAAAGGCAGCACUGAUUUUCAUCCUACUUUGCUGCCAACAAGAUCUUUAAAAGUCAUGUUAUGACUACAUUUUCUAGCUCAGGCAACUAUAAAAAUAUAAAAUAAAUUUUAGCAAAAUCUAAGAGGAUUUUAUCUUUUUAUAAAAAAUUGUUUAAAAAUCUAUGUUUUAUUAGAAUCCUUCAAGUUCCAGCUGCCUAUUCACCUAUUGAUCCAGAUGCACCACCAGCCAUAUCCACUUACUUCAUGAAGAAGAGCAAUCUUCAGUAUAUUCUUGUUGAGAAUGACAAAAUAAAUAAAUUCCGGAUGUCCCAUGCUGACUGUUUUUACCACAAUUCCUCCGCCAUAGAACAUACUGGUUUAACUCUCUUCCAAGUGAACUCAAGCAACACUGAUUUCAGCUCAGAAGUAGACAAUAUGAAAAGUAAAUCUGAACCUUUCAAAGCUGUGGAUAACUCACAGCCAGGAUAUGCCUUUGGCCCAGAUCAAACCAAAGUAAAAGCAGCAGAAGCAGGAUACAUGGACACUGGCCAGAAAGACACUUUAGCAUAUGUCUUGCAUACAUCAGGAACUACAGGGAUCCCCAAAAUAGUCAGAGUACCUCAUAAAUGCAUAGUGCCUAAUAUUCAGCAUCUUAAAUCCAUAUUUGAGAUCACACCAGAUGAUGUGCUAUUCCUGGCUUCUCCUCUCACAUUUGACCCAUCUGUGGUUGAACUGUUCAUGGCUCUGACAAGUGGAGCCUCUAUUCUUGUCGUACCAAACACCAUUAAAAUGAUGCCCAUGGAGCUCUCUGCUGCUCUGUUUCACCACCACCAUGUGACAGUGUUGCAGGCAACACCAACACUUCUCAGGAGGUUUGGAGCUCACAUUAUUAAAUCAAGAGUGUUGUCUGCAAAUACUUCACUUCGUGUCUUAGCCCUUGGUGGUGAAGCAUUUCCUGUACUGAGUCUCUUGAAAAGUUGGAAGCACAAGGAGAACAAAACAAGUAUUUUUAAUCUCUAUGGUAUAACUGAAGUGUCAAGCUGGGCCACUUGCUACAAGAUUCCUGAGGAGGUUUUUAGUGCUGAUUUUAGAAUGGAUUUUCCUGUACCUUUGGGAUCACCGCUUCUUGGAACAAAACUUGAGGUCAGAGAUGCCAAUGGAUCUGCAGUUCUUGAAGGCGAGGGACAAAUAUUGAUAGGUGGUGAAGAACGAAUCUGCUUUCUUGAUGACGAAAUAACUGUGCCACUGGGUACAAUGAGAGAAACAGGGGAUUUUGUAAGAGUGGAGAAUGCAAAGUUGUUCUUCUUGGGUCGGAAAGACAAUCAGAUUAAACGUCAUGGCAAACGUUUUAAUAUUGAAUAUCUGCAGCAGGUUGCUGAAGAUCUUUGCCAGGUAGAAGCUUGUGCAGUUACCUGGUAUCAACAGGAAAAACUUAUCCUGUUUGUUUUACCCAAAGAUGAUUUUGAAGAGAGAGAAACACUUAAAGAACUCCAGAUGCGUUUACCAGCUUAUGCAGUCCCUGAUGAGAUUGUAGAGAUUAAAGCUUUGCCUUUAACAUCACAUGGCAAAGUUGAUAUAUCUGAACUCAACAAGAUUUACCAGAACCAUCUAAACUCCAGAAGGCGUGACAGUAAGCUGAGUGACGCAGAGGAAUUGUGGGAAAGAUUGCAGUAUUUAUGGAAGUCUGUCCUUGGUCUUCCAUGUGAUUCCACUGGAAUUUCUAAAGAUGCAGUAUUUCUGUACAGCGGUGGAGACUCCCUGAAGGCACUACGAUUUUAUGAAGAAAUUGAGAUGUUAGUAGGCAAUGCUGUGCCUGGACUCCUUGAAGUUAUUCUCAGCCACUCAAUUGAAGAGGUUUACAGACAUAUUAUUAAAAUGCUGUUUCCAGAUGAAGAACAAUUAAUGAAUUCUGACAAUGUUGUGAAAAGAAAAUUAAGGGGGAGCAGUGGAGAGGAAUUCCAUGGAAAAUAUAUUAAACUGACAUCUGAAAGAGGUCUUGAGAUUGCUUCAGGAUUAAUUCCAUUUAUUGCACUGAGCAGAGGAAAUAAUUUUUUCCCUAUGAAUUUCACCAAGUCUUGUAUGCAGCCCAAAAAUACAGUAUGGGUAGGAGUGGAACCACUACAGCAGCCAUCCUUCCUGCAUUCCAAGGCUCCAGGUGUAAUGAAAAGCCAUGUGCAAAGGUCUGAAAUGGAGAACAGAAUUUUAACACUUGAAAACAAGGCAAAUAAAAAUGGCCAUUCCUCUGUUCAGCAGAACCAUACAGAAUGUAGUCAUUCAUCAGUGGCAGAGUUGGCCAUGUGUGUGAGGUGGAAGUCAAACACAAGAAAAUGUGUUGAUGCAUCGCCACUGGUUGUAAUACCAGCUAAAGAAGGAGUAUCUGCAUCUGUGUAUGUUGGCUCUCACUCCCAUGCAAUGCAGGCAAUUGAUCUAGAUUUGGGAGAAAUAAAAUGGGAGAAGACCCUUGGAGAUCGUAUUGAAUCUUCUGCCUGUGUAUCCAAGUGUGGAAAUUUCAUUGUUGUUGGUUGUUAUGAUGGCUUAGUGUAUGUGCUCCAGAGCAGUGAUGGAGAAAUACACUGGACUUUUGUCACAGAAGACACUGUGAAAAGCUCUGCAGUUGUAGACCCUUCCAGUGGACUGAUCUACAUUGGAUCACAUGACCAACACGUGUAUGCUUUGGAUAUUUAUAAAAAGGUGUGUGUAUGGAAGUUACAUUGCGAAGGUGGAGCUGUGUUUUCAUCUCCUUGUCUAAGUUCUUUUCCACAUCAUCUCUAUGUUGCUACAUUAGGAGGACUGUUUUUGGCUGUUAACCCAGUGACAGGGAGUAAGAUUUGGAAAAGCAACCUUGGAAAACCACUCUUCUCCUCUCCUCACUGCAAUGAGAACUACAUCUAUGUUGGGUGUGUGGAUGGAAACUUACAUUGUUAUACUCAUUCUGGAGAAAAGGUUUGGCAAUUUUCCACUAAUGGGCCAGUGUUUUCAUCUCCGUGCCUCUCAAGUUUAACUAAGCAAGAAAUAUUUUUUGGCUCUCACGACUGCUUUAUCUACUGCUGUAACAUGGAGGGUAAUUUACUGUGGAAAUUUGAAGCCACUUCAAGUGUAUAUGGAACACCAUUCAUUUUCCAAAGUGAUGACUUAAAUAACAAAAUUCUCUUGGCAGCAGUAUCUACAGAUGGCAAAGUGUGGAUCCUGAAUGCCAAGAGUGGAACAGCAGAAGGAGCAGAUAAGCUUCCAGGCGAGGUUUUCUCCUCGCCUGUAGUAUGGGGAUCAAAGCUUGUUGUUGGCUGUAGAAAUGAUUAUGUUUAUUGUCUAGAUCUGUAUAUAGCAGGAAAAAAUAACAACUAA